UCUCCAAUACUCUGGCAGACAUGACUGUGGUGGGUCCCUCAUCAACAAGGUGUGGGUGAUGUCGGCAGCCCACUGCUUCUCCAGGUGAGUUAGCGUGAGAUACAGGAGACAUAAAAGGUUGUACAGGAGAAAUAAUUAUGUCAAUUAUUUGUGAUGCAGCUGAGUGCAACUCCUCUUACUUGAAAUAUGUAACUGUCCAUUAAUUCCAUGUUGAUCUUAUAUUUCGUCACUUUGAUCCGUCUUUAAUUUUAUUACAUUUUCCAUUCCAACAAAGCUCAAACCCAAACGGUUGGAACAUUAGCCUUGGCCGACUGUCACGAUCGUCGUAUAAAGAGGAGGACCAAGGCGCAGCGUGGAAGGUGAACAUAUUUUAUUAAUUAGAAUGAUAACACGAACAAAAACAACAAACGAUAACGUGAUGUCCAAAGGUGCAAAACACAAACCUCUACAGGAACAAGAUCCCACAACCACUGUGGGAAAACUGGCUGACUAAGUAUGGUUCCCAAUCAGAGGCAACAAGCAACAGCUGAUUCACGUUGCCUCUGAUUGAGAACCACACUGGCCAACAUAGAAACACAAUACUAGAAUGAACACAAAUGAAAACUCACACCCUGGCUCAACAUACUAGAGUCCCCCGAGCCAGGGCGUGACACCGACAGACCCUGGAGGGCAUUAACCCCAAUGAAGUGUCCAGAACUGUGGCUGAGAUCGUUACACAUCCAGCUUACAACAGUGGCACAAAUGACAACGACAUCGCUCUGCUCAGACUCUCCUCACCAGUCAACUUCACAAGCUACAUCCGACCCGUCUGUCUGGCAGCAAGUGAUAGUGUUUUCCACAAUGGUACUGAUAGCUGGGUGACCGGCUGGGGUAACACCAAUGAAGGAGGUGAGGACACAUUCAUGAUCCAUUGUAGGAGAUGUUGAUGAGAUUAUUGUUUUAUGUGAAACAGUAUCCCCAGUGGCCACAAUGCAGGUGCACACUGAAAAACCUUUUCUUAUUGCGAUGGAAAUGGACAAUCUGAUGAAAACAGUCGUAAAGUUAUCUCCCAUUUGUGAUCUCCCAUCACUGGUCUUCCUUUGUUUCCUUCAGUUCCCCUCCCAUCCACCCAGGCUCUGUAAGAAGUGAAGGUUCCAGUUGUGGGGAACCGAGAGUGUAACUGCCUCAUUGGGGUCGGCUCAAUCACAGACGACAUGCUCUGUGCUGGUGUUCUGGUAGGGGGGCAAGGACUCAUGUCAGGUAAAGUUCUAACCCAUCUUGUUGUACUACAGGGCCCAGUUUUAAAAAAGUUAUAUGAUCGGAUUUUGGCAAUCUGAUAGCAUUAAAAGCAUAGAAAUAGAAUGACUACAAUGGGCGUCCUUCUUCAAGUCAAUGAUACGCCUGUUCCAUUCAUUCUAUGUCCUCCUUCAAGUCAAUGAUACGCCUGUUCCAUUCAUUCUAUUUCUAUGCUUUUAAUGCUAUCAGGUUGCCAAAAUCUGAUCAGAUAACUUUUGAAAAACCUGGUCCCUGUUCCAAUCCAUUUCCUAGAGCGUGCCUUCUUUUAAUUGCUUUGAGAGACUUACCUUACUCUAUCUUCUCAGGGUGACUCAGGAGGUCCAAUGGUGAUUCAACAGAACUCCGUCUGGGUCCAGUCUGGGAUUGUUACUUGGGGUAAUGGCUGCGCUCAGCCCAAUCUCCCUGGGGUCUACACCAAAGUGUCUCUUUACCAGUCCUGGAUCGACUCCAAGAUCCGCACCGACAAGCCAGGCUUUGUCCACUUUACCUCAAGUGGAGUAGAUGAUGACAGCAAUUACAGCUGUUCUGAUGGUCCUUCAACAACUACUGUCGACUCCUCCCCUUACCCCUCCCCUUACCCCUCCCCUUACCCCUCCCCCUACUACUAUCCUUACCCAUAUGGUUCCAUCUUUGAUAAUGGACAGAGUUUGUUCAGCUCCCUUUAUAUGCUGAGCACCUUGUUGAUUCUGGUGUUUCUUACCAUUUACAGAAAUUAUUCUUACCUUGUUCCAAUCGAGGGCAAGGUUUUAUUGGCAGCC